AUGAAAGCCCUUCGAAAGGCCAUAGAUCCAAUGCUUCAUCGCGUAGGAAUGUAUAUUGUCCACAUUGCUGACGAAUAUUCUCGAAAUAUGGAAUAUUGGGUUUUGGCCUCUGAUUUAAACUUUGCUCCAAGUCUUUUACAAGCCAGUUCCCUUCAAAAAGAUGAACUUUCAAUGUUCCAUUUUUGGUUAAAAUUAAUGUUUCUUGAAUACAAAAAUGAAGAAGAAGAUGAGGAAGACUCUGCUGUUGAAGAUGUUUCUCAACGUGAAGAACCCAGGAAAGGAACAGGCGGGGAAUUGAGCCAAAACAAAGUUUUUCUAUUUGCAAAAAAGAAAGGGUGGACUGCUGUUAGAACUCAAAAACUGAUAGAUAAAUUGUGGAAACAACAACGAUGGAUUAGAGUAAUGAAAGGAGAUGUACAUAAUCUAAGUCGAAAUAAGCGAAGAUCUAACAAAGUUGGAGAUGAUCAAUCAAUUAUUCGACUCCAUCCAUGUGCAAUGGUAGAGAUGGAACCACUACUUUUCCAGCUUAACGUCCCAAAAUGUGUUCUAUGCAAACGGCCUAUUGUUGUCAGUAGAUUGUCUUAUACUUGUGAAGGUUGUGGGUCUUGUUAUCAUGCUAAUUGUAUGCUGAGAGAAAUGGAGUUCCCAGCCAAAUGUUCCGGACAAAACUGCGGACAAGAACUCGAUGAAGAAAUUAUUGACGAAUUCGAAUUUGAUGUAGACCAUGAAUAUAUACCUCCUAGACGAAGUCAAACUGGAAUGAGUACAAGUCGACGUAGUGUCGCAGACAGUCAUCGUCAACCUUUUCCUUCGUUGAGAGAUUAA